UUUUUUUUUUUUAUUUUUUUUUUGUCAUCAAAACGUCAUUUAUUUUUGUAAACAAAAAAAUAAUAAUAAUAUAGGUAUUUAUUUAAUAUAAAUUUUAAUUGUUUAAUUUAAAUAAUUAUUAUAUUAUUUAUGUAUUUUUUUAUUUAUUUAAUUUUUAAUUUAUAAAUUUUAUCGUUUUUAUUUUUUGUUGACAUUUUUUUAUUUACAUGUGUGUUGACAAAAUCAAGUGUUGAUAAUAUUGUUUAUAUAUUAUUAUUAUUUUAUAAACAAGUUUUGAAUAAAUUUAUAUAAUAAUAGACUCGGAGCAAAGACCACUAGUAAAUAAAACAGUAGUCCAAGAAGGACGUGAUCAGACGUGACUCGAGGAUUCUUCAUAAUGGCUGGAAAAAAUCCAUUUGAUCAUUUGUUAAAAGCAAUUAACGUCACUGGUGAAAAUCAUCAGUUUUAUGAUGUUGGUUCCUUUGGUGAAAAAUAUGAUCGAUUGCCUUUUUCAAUAAAAGUAUUACUGGAAAGUGCUGUGAGAAAUUGUGAUGAAUUUCAAGUUAAAAAAAGUGAUGUUGAAAAGGUACUUGAUUGGGAAAAAUAUCAGGCAAAUGAUGAUGGUGUUGAAGUUGCAUUUAAACCAGCACGUGUUAUUUUACAAGAUUUAACUGGUGUACCAGCUGUUGUUGAUUUUGCUGCAAUGAGAAAUUCAGUUAAAAAACUUGGUGGUGAUCCAGAAAAAAUUAAUCCAAUAUGUCCUUCUGAUCUUGUUAUCGAUCAUUCAAUACAGGUGGACUUUGUACGAAGUGACAAUGCUUUGAAGAAAAAUGAAGACCUUGAGUUUGAAAGAAAUAAAGAACGAUUUUUAUUUUUAAAAUGGGGAGCACAAGCAUUAAAAAAUAUGCUUAUUGUACCACCAGGAAGUGGAAUUGUUCAUCAAGUUAAUUUAGAAUAUUUAGCAAGAGUUGUUUUUGAUAAAGAUACAUUAUUAUAUCCAGACAGUGUUGUUGGAACUGAUUCACACACAACAAUGAUCAAUGGUUUGGGUAUACUUGGAUGGGGUGUUGGUGGAAUUGAAGCUGAAGCUGUUAUGCUUGGUCAAGCUGUAUCAAUGCUUUUGCCAAAAGUUAUCGGUUAUAAACUUGUUGGAUCUUUAAAUCAAUAUGUUACAUCAACUGAUCUUGUUUUAACAAUAACUAAAAAUCUACGACAACUUGGUGUUGUUGGUAAAUUUGUUGAAUUUUAUGGACCAGGUGUUGCUGAAUUAAGUAUUGCUGAUCGUGCAACAAUAUCAAACAUGUGUCCAGAGUAUGGAGCAACUGUUGGUUUUUUUCCAAUUGAUAAACAAAGUUUAAAUUAUUUAAGACAAACUGGAAGAAAUGAAAAUCAUAUUGAAAGAAUUGAAAAAUAUUUAGAAGCUGUUAAAAUGCUCAGAAAUUAUAAUGAUGAAUCACAAGAUCCAAUAUUUACCGAGACAGUUACCCUGGAUUUAGGAACAGUAGUUUCAAGUGUAUCUGGCCCAAAAAGACCUCAUGAUCGUGUCUCUGUCUCAGAUAUGAAAAAUGAUUUUCUUACAAGUCUUACAAACAAGAUUGGUUUUAAAGGAUAUGGCCUACCCCAAGAAAAAACAAAAGCAGAAGGUAUUUUUCAAUUUGAGGGAAAAGAUUAUAAAUUAAACCAUGGUUCGGUUGUGAUAGCAGCCAUAACGAGCUGUACCAACACGAGUAAUCCAAGUGUAAUGCUUGGAGCAGGUUUAUUGGCAAAAAAAGCUGUUGAAGCAGGACUAACAGUUGCUCCAUAUAUAAAAACUUCAUUAUCUCCUGGAUCUGGUGUUGUAACAUACUAUCUCCGUGAGAGUGGAGUAAUACCAGCUUUGACACAACUUGGUUUUGAUGUUGUUGGAUAUGGUUGUAUGACAUGUAUUGGCAAUAGUGGUCCACUUGAGGAUUCAAUCGUAGAUGCCAUUGAAAAGAAUGAAUUGGUUUGUUGUGGUGUUUUAUCAGGCAAUCGUAAUUUUGAAGGAAGAAUUCAUCCAAAUACAAGAGCAAAUUAUCUUGCAUCACCAUUAUUAGUUAUUGCUUAUGCAAUUGCUGGCACAGUUAAUAUUGAUUUUGAAAAAGAACCAAUUGGUCGAAGAAUUGAUGGUAGAGAUGUUUUUCUCAAUGAUAUUUGGCCAACAAGAUCAGAAAUUCAAGCUGUUGAACAAAAAUAUGUUAUUCCAGCAAUGUUUAAAAGUGUUUAUGAAAAAAUUGAAAAAGGCAGUGAACGUUGGGCAAAUCUUGUUGCUCCAGAAAGUCAAUUGUAUCCUUGGGAUGUAAAUUCAACUUAUAUAAAACAUCCACCAUAUUUUGAUGGACUUGAAAAAACUUUACCAGCUUCAAGACCAAUUAAAGGAGCAAGAGUUUUACUUAAUCUUGGUGAUUCAGUUACAACUGAUCAUAUAAGUCCAGCUGGUAGUAUUGCACGUAAUUCACCAGCUGCAAGAUACUUAAGUGCACGAGGUUUAACACCAAAAGAAUUUAAUUCAUAUGGUGCACGAAGAGGUAAUGAUGCAGUUAUGGUUCGAGGAACAUUCGCAAAUAUUCGUUUGUUAAAUAAAUUUGUUGGUCGACCUGGAUCAAAGACUCUUUACAUUCCAACUAACGAGGAGAUGGAUAUAUUUGAUGCAGCUGAAAAGUACAAAAAUGAUAACACACCACUUAUUGCACUUGUUGGAAAAGAAUAUGGUUCAGGAUCAUCAAGAGAUUGGGCUGCAAAAGGACCUUAUCUACUUGGAAUUCGUGCUGUUAUUGCUGAAUCGUAUGAAAGAAUUCACAGAUCCAAUCUUGUUGGUAUGGGUAUUGCACCAUUGCAAUAUUUACCUGGUCAAAAUGCUGAUACACUUGGGCUAACUGGAUUUGAAUUAUUUGAUAUUGAAAUACCAGAUAAUUGUGCACCACAUCAACAAAUUACUGUUCAUACAAAUUCAGAUAAAAAGUUUGAUGUUGUUGUACGUUUUGAUACUGAAGUUGAUCUUACUUAUUACAAAAACGGUGGCAUUUUGAAUUAUAUGAUACGUUCAAUGAUAUAGGGAUGAAAUUAAAUUAGAAAAAUUGUUGCUUUUGGUGUUUUUUUUUUUUUUUAAUUGGUUAAGAAGGCAUUCAUUAAAAGGUUUGAGGUAAUUAAGCUGUUACACAACAAAAUAAAUUUGUCAAAAGAAUCAAAACAAAAUAAAUUACGAC